AUGGCAGACGAAAAUGACGAGAUUGGUAAUUCUUCGGAUGGUUCUGAAGAUGGCGUAGAUGAUCCACGUGAUUCUGAUUACAGUCCUCUGGAAGAUGAAGAAUGGGAGGAGUUGGAGGAGGCGGAACUAGUGCAUGAAGAUUCCGAAGUUUCUGGUGCUGGUUCUGAUGGAGAUGAUGUGCAAGAUUCUGAAGAAGAAGAAGAAGAAUGGGAGUCCUCCGAUAAAGACGCAGUUGAGGAUUCUCAGACAGAUGAUGGUGAACAAUUGGAUGCUGCUGGAACUCAAGAGGUUCAUGUUGAUCACCACCAGCAAUCGGAUGAUGAACAUCAAGAGCAAGUAGUUGAGGAAGAUGCAGUUGUUGAAGACCUAGUUGAAGUACCAGAGGAGGAAAUGCAUAAUGCUGGGGGUGGAGAUCAUAAGGAAGGUAGUCAUGAUCUAGAUGUACAAGCAGCUCAAGAUCAACUUCUUCCUGCUGAGCCUGAUGCCCCACUUCAUGAUCUCCCUCAGCCGCCCAAUGUUCAAGUUCCCCCUCAUCAUCAUCAUCAGCCUAUAGAAGAUCAUAAUAGACCUCCAAAAAAGCGGGCCAGAAUUGGACAACUCGCUGCUGGUGGUGGUGGAGAGGAAGGUGCUGGUCAAGCAGCAGCUGAUGAUGAUGAUGAUGAUGAUCAACAGGCUGAUCAAUAG